UUCAUCAUCAUCGGAGGAGGCGGAGGAGGCAAGGCUGCUGGGGAGACACUGCAGCCCCUCGCUCUCGCUCUCGCUCCACGAGUUCCUCUGCCUCGGAGACCACGGGAUUCCAGCUACAUGGGCAAACGCUUGGAACAGCAACCAAUGUACCCCCAGUACACUUACUACUACCCUCAUUAUCUCCAAACCAAGCAUUCCUAUGCACCAGCUCCCCACCCCAUGGCUCCGCCCAGCCCCAGCACUAAUAGUAGCAACAACAACAACAGCAACAACAGCAGUGGUGAACAGCUGAGUAAAACGAACCUGUACAUCCGAGGCCUUCCUCCCGGCACCACUGACCAGGACCUUAUCAAGCUGUGCCAACCAUAUGGAAAAAUUGUAUCCACGAAAGCAAUUCUAGACAAAAACACAAAUCAGUGCAAAGGCUAUGGUUUUGUAGAUUUUGACAGUCCAGCAGCAGCACAGAAAGCAGUAGCAUCUCUUAAAGCAAAUGGAGUUCAAGCCCAGAUGGCAAAGCAACAAGAACAAGACCCUACAAAUCUUUACAUCUCAAACCUACCCAUUUCCAUGGAUGAGCAGGAGCUGGAGAAUAUGCUGAAACCCUUUGGACAUGUCAUUUCCACCAGAAUAUUAAGAGAUGCAAAUGGUGUCAGUAGAGGAGUCGGCUUUGCCAGGAUGGAAUCUACUGAAAAAUGUGAAGUAGUUAUUCAGCAUUUUAAUGGAAAGUACCUGAAAAUGCCCCCUGGCGUGCCAGCCCCGACGGAACCUUUGCUGUGCAAAUUUGCUGAUGGAGGGCAAAAGAAACGACAGAAUCAAAGCAAGUACACACAGAAUGGGAGACCAUGGCCAAGAGAAGGAGAGGCUGGCAUGGCCUUGACAUAUGACCCCACAGCUGCUAUACAGAAUGGAUUUUAUUCCUCACCGUACAGUAUUGCUACAAACCGCAUGAUUCCACAGACAUCUAUCACACCAUUCAUUGCUGCUUCCCCUGUCUCCACAUAUCAGGUUCAGAGUACUUCAUGGAUGCCUCAUCCGUCAUAUGUUAUGCAACCAACUGGUGCUGUGUUAACGCCAACAAUGGAUCACACAAUGUCCAUGCAGCCAGCAAGUAUGAUGGGCCCCUUGACACAACAGAUGAACCACCUUUCUUUGGGCACAACAGGAACGUAUAUGACAGCUGCUGCACCUAUGCAAGGGACCUACAUUCCCCAGUACACUCCUGUGCCUCCAACAGCUGUCCCUCUUGAAGGUGUUGUUGCUGAUACUUCUCCGCAGACUGUAGCACCUUCAUCACAGGAAGCCAGUGGUCAACAGCAACAAAUGGCAGUGGAAACAUCCAAUGAACAUGCAUCUGCAUAUUCCUACCAACAGUCAAAACAAUAAACAGGACUGAAAAAAUGUUGUUCUGAAAAGUUUGCCUUGAAUGGAGAAACUUCAUUGAACAAGAAGUUGGCUUCCAGUUUGCACAGGCGUCAACAGAUUUUUCUUUUUCAUUUUCUACCUUACCCAACAAAAAUGAAACAGUGUUUCUAUGUGCUGUGCAAAUUUUCAGUCAUGUAGUCUGAUAGUUUUAUUUUUGCUAUUUUUUUAUUAAAGAAAAAAGACCCAUGGUGAAACACUGGGUUGAUAUUUCAUCUGAAUGAACAUUUGAAAUUCAGAAGUAACUUGCAAGUGUAGAUAAUUCGUUUUUGUUUUCCAAACAACAACAUAGAAUUGAUGAUGUCAAGAGGGAGGAAGCUGAGAUGAAAACUAAUGGUCUUCCUCAAGAAUCCAGCUAUUCUUUCCCCCUUUCUUGUUGAAUUCAAAUGUGUCUUUGCUUUGGGGGUUUUGUUUAUGGUUUUUUUUUUUAAAAGAAAUGUUUAGGUAAGGUUUAUCUUGAAUCUUAAUUGCCUUAAUUUUAAGGACGUCAAAGGCUCUCAAGGCAAGCUGUCAACGUCUUGGUGAAAGAAAGGAGCAUUAAUUCAAACUUAGACCAGUAUCAACUGGGGCUGAAGCUCAAAAGACUGAAUUUUUAGAUGAACAACAACAGCGAAUUGAUAAACUAUACAGUUUAGCAGAAAAUGAUUUUUUCUUCUUUUGAAGAAAACCGGUCGAUAAAGGAACUGUGGCAACUUCAAGAAUAGAAAAAAAUGAGACUUUUAUGAACUUUCUUCAUGUUGACAGAGAAGAAUAUAGAAAGCUAAAGUGUUUUACAAUAAAAUUAUUGAAUGGGGUGGGGGGUGCAAAACUUGCAUUUUAAGGAAUGCAGGGGGGGGGUUCUUGCAGAAUGGAGUUUUUUUUAAUUUACAAAGCGUGAUCGCUGGCAAAAGCAUUAGUGCUUUUUAUCUGCAGUCUUUUUUAUGAGCUUUAAAAAGUUUUUAGUCCGCUUUGCUUGUCACAUUGCAAACACCUAGCUUAAAAGCAUUUGGGGGGGAGGGGGACUUAAGUACAUAGGAGCUUAUGGUCAAAAAAGUGCAAAAAAAGCAAUAGCUAGAAGAAAUUGUUGACAAUUUCUGUAGUCUUUCCUAGUUGUGAUCAAAAUGCAGCCUAUGGAUGGCCUAUUUUAUACCAAAGAUGAAAUGACACCCUACCGAAGUCCAGAAGAUAGAGGUUUUUUCUUUUCUUAUUUUUUCCUUUUUUUAAAAAAAAGAACUCUUUAUUUGACCUACAUGGCCGGACCAGUUCGUAUCUCUGUGUUUGUUUAAACUAUCUUCCACUGGUAUUUUACGUCCUACAUACUUAAGCUUCUAAUGGAAAGUUCUGAGUAGUUGGUAUUUAGCAGCGCUUUGCAGAAUUUCACAGCAUGAAGGAAUAUUUGGGUGCCAGCUCUUCUACCCAGGUGUGUUUUAACUUUGUUGCGCUUUUCUGUUGCAUCGUCCAAUUUCCUUUGUACUGCAACUACUGUCUUCCUUUCUCAUAGCAUCCCAGGUUCAUUUCUUCUUUUCCCGCUGUGUCAUCUUCCAGUAUUCAGAGAAAGUGGUCAUCAGUUGGCAUUUGGGUGGUGCGUUUAAGUCAUUUAGAAGAUGUCACUGAAAGUACAUGAUCAGUGUUUUCAUUUAACUCUCCCAUGCAAGAAGAAAAUUUUAAAGUGGCUCACAUUAGUUCUUUCAUGCGAGCAUGAAGUUAACAAUCACUUUAUACUAACUGGCUUUCUGUGGUCUUAAUAUGUUUGCUGACAAUCACAAAUUAGUCUGAUUAGGCAAAAGACAAUAGCAAGUGAAUUGAAUCAGUGCAAACCUAUUUUUAAAAGAUAAAAGAUUAUAUGAAAUCUUUAUAUGGAAGAAUUAAGAACUAUCACCUUGUAUCCCUCUCUUUCCCCCCAAACAGGGAGGGAUAUCAUGCAGUGACUAUUUAGGCUGGCUGUGGAGAAAGGACUUUCAGAUCUUGCCAGCAAUGUAUGUGGAAAAUUUUUCUAGUGUGCAUUCCAUUCAUUUUCAACUUCCUUGUUCUCCACUACUUUCCCCAAAUGUAAAAGUGGCACAACAAACUAGGAAUCUCUUCCUUGCAAGCACUAGUUAAAGAAAAGGGAGUGAUGUAUGAGCAUGACAGCUGUGAUUCAAGAAGGGAGGGUGCCUUAUGCCAGAGUGAUGGGAUAAGUUUCCCCAUACGCUGGAAGCUGGAUCAGGGGCUGCCCCUCAGCAUAUUCAUGGAAUGUGGAUGUGGAACUCCCAGAGACUUCUGCCCCCAAAUUAGACCUACUAUUUUUUAAUGAGGCAAUGUUCUUUUCUCUCUAAGAGACAAGAAGAUCGAGCAAAAGGAGCACUUAAAAAACUAAACCAAAAGAUUGAAAUGAUCCUGCAUUAGGAAAGAAAAAUGAACUGGUCACUUAAGUGGCUGAGGUAUAUUCAGAACAGGGUAACCAUAAACUAUAAACAAAUAUUUUAAGAGCUUUCUUUUGGAUCAGCCUGAUUCAAUGAAAGCUGCAACCCACUAAACUUGAUUGCCACGCAAACUCCGUUGUAAUGAAACAAGGUUUGUGCAGGAGCACUGUCAGGGGGGUUGCGCACAGAAUCUGUGGUUACUUUAAAUGACUUUUAAAAGAAUCAAGUAUUUUUUUAAGAAUUAUUUUUAAUGUAGUUAUCCUGGGUUUGGUGGGGAUGGGGUUGGGUUACCAAAACAAAUGGCUGCUACAUAUGCAACAUUAAAAAGGAAACUGAAAUGGAAAUAGAAAUGGGGGGGGGGGUAGGAUGCCAUCUAGUGAACCAGCAAAGACAAGAGUUGCCUGGUUAUCUCAAAGGGUGGGGGAUCUAAAAGUAGAUGUGACUACGUGUUGACUUUUCUGAUGAAAUGGACCACAGCACAGAGGGGGAAGUGUCAAUAUUAUGUACAGAGACCUCUAGCUUCUUUCCUCUGUUUGUGCGCUUUACCAUUGCUGUUUCCUUUCUGCAAGUAUCACUUUUCUUUUCUCCUUCAGAAGAUGAUGUGCCCUUGGGAAUGGAUUUAUUUAAAAAAAGCAAGCCUUAUUUUCUUCCUUUUUACAGUCUAUCUUUUUCUGGCUUAUCCUGGGUUUUCUGGGUUAUCCUCCUGUGGCACACUUCUGUAGAAUAUGAAAGAAGCAUGUGUUUGUUUGCUUUUAAUUGUUCCUGUAUAAAUUCUAGUUUGGCGCAAAGAAAAGUCUCAUUGCUAUUGACAAUGAGGCUGCAAGGUAGCUACCGUGUGGCUGAUGGAAAUGCUGGGUACCUUCCUGUUUCUAUUUGGAACUCUGCUGCUUUAUUUAUAAAUUCUGAUCAUUUUGUUCAGGUUUGUUCAGCAGAUAAAGUUAAGCUAUCACAAUGAGAUUGUUCUUAAAAGUCAAGCAUUAUCCUCACCCUCUUCAUGAUCAUGAAAAGCUAACAAAUAGAUUGUAUCCAUUAGUUCAGGUGUUUGACCAUUUUGGUUUUUUAUUUUUAUUUUUUUUAACAAAAUCAUUUUCUAUAUAUCCUACAAACUCUGCCAUUUAAUAAAAAGUAAGAAUGAACUAUCCUCUGUCCCAGCAAGUGGCCUCACUUUGAGAAGGGAUUUGGCCAAGUUACUUUAGGAGUUGCCUGCCAUCGUAGUUGGCAGAUUCGAGGAACUGUAAUCCAAAAAGUAACUCUUCUUUUAUAGAUCCACUUUGAUGUACAAAACAGUUGUUUAAAAGCCUGACGACAGUUAAUGUAAAUGUGUUUGGAUCUGCAGUCUUGCAUGCUACCACUGAAUGUGAACAUGCUUCCUCCGCUCCAAAAACGACAACCCCAAACUGGAAUUCAAUUCUAAACUUGGUUUUAUUAACUGUUGUAUUCAUUUCAGACUUAUAAGUCUUCCUGUUCAUUCGGGAGUAUGGGGGUAUGGAGAUUGAUCACAGAAUCUUUGUUUAAUGUUUUCAAGAUUGGAUGCCUGAUACAUUGGCAUUGUACUUCCUUGAUUAUAGGAACAAUGCUGGACAAAAUGUUUUUCAUUCUCUUGACAAAAAUCUUCAUAAAUCAACAUUUCCCAGCAUAGCAAUAUUUACAUUUUAGCUGAAAAUAUGUUUUUCAUCAACACAGAUUGGUACCUUAUGGGCUCUUUGACACUACAGAAUUAUUUUGCUUCAACUGCCAUGACACUAUCCUAUGAAAAUCCUGAGAGUUGCCAUUUAGGGAGGGGUAUUUUGAAUUCUUGGCCAGACUGACCAAACUACAAACCGUGGGAUUCUAUAUUUUAUUGCCACCGCUGUUAAAGUGGAAUUAAGUGCUAUAAAAUGUGAAAGGCCCACAUGACAAAUUGUCUAGGUUUUAAACAUCCUAGAAUUCAAGAAGUAGGAUGUUAAUACAGCACGGUUGGCCUGCCAUUAGAAGACAAAAUAAAAGGGCUCAUCUAGGCAGUGGCUACAAGGAUGCUUGCCUAUGCACCUGACAGUGCUUUCUGGUUUUCAGCCCUAAUGUGAAAUAUAUAUUUCAAAAUGUUGACAUUGGCCUAUCUAACCAUGAAGGUUUUUGUGGACCCAGUGAAAGUUCUUAUUCAAUUUUCUUUUACUUAGGGACAUAAUUUGUCACUAAUACUCUUCUCAAAGGAAGCAAUUUUAGCAAUUUUCUUCCAGCUGCAAGAAAGUAUUUGAAAGCUGCAGUUUUUCAAAGCCUAUUUGCAAUUCAGGAUUUAGCCUGUGCAAAAUUUAUAUAUGGUUGUUUUGUGCAGAAAAAAAUCCUUUUCUGGGCAGGAAACAGCUUUUUCUGUGCACAGUAUUUUCUGCAAACUUUGUCCAGAAAUAAGACUCAGGCUGUAAAGAUUACAAUGAGUUUGGUAUUCUUCUCAUCAGAGUCUUUCAACUUUCAAGGAAAAAUUGACAAUUUUUCGAACGUUUUCUUUCCAUCUCUGCUUUUUAAACCCAACAGUACAAGGUUAUCUUGCAACAGAAAAUUCAUAUAGUGAAAGUUAUUAGGAUCAAACACUUUUCUUAGCACCUUUCAGUACUUACUAGGAAUGUAUGAAUGAGAAUCAGUGGGGGAUGAAGCAUGCCAAUGGAGCAGGUAAUCCAGUUUGGAUUAUAGUCUGAAUUUAAAAGGAGCUGUCUGAAGUUCUGAACCUUAUUCUGACACCUAUUUGCAGUUUAGGGUUCAGCAUUUUGGGUUAGCUCCAUUAAGGUUCAAUCUAAAACCCAGAGUGGAGUUACUGUCCUACUAACAGGGAAACCACUGGUCACCGAGUAUUUGUAGGAGUGAAAGGGAAUAAUUGACAUCUGCUUAACAUGCAAUUUGCAAGAAAAUAAGGUCAUUUAUGAAUCCAUUUUACAGGGCUCUGUGUUUUUGUGUCAUUCUGCUGCAUGUGUUUCUUUACUUAAACUCACCAGAGGGGCUGUUACACCAAUACAUGUCAGCUCUUUCAUGAUUUUAGUCAUCCUGUACCUUAAUAUACUUUUGUUGGUCAGGAAACUAAAACAUUGCAGAGAAAUUAUGUAAUAACAUAGCAUAUGCCUUCCUUUUGAUCACAGCCCACACAUCCAUCCACUGGUACUUCGAGCAUCAGCAGAAUAUUGAAAAGGUUUGCCAGUAUGGAAGCAACCAGUUUAGACACUGCUAAAUAUUGAAGUGCAGGUAUUUGUUUUAUGGGUAAUCCUCACUGGAAACCAAAAAUGCAGGUAGUUAUAUUGAUCCAUACCAACAAACCAGUUUUACAGUUUUCAUCUCAACAAGAUCAAGUCUUUGGCAAACAUAUCUUAAUUGUCCCUUCUAACAGUCAUCCAAAAGACUUUGCAUGAUGAUUGAGAUAACUUGCAACAAUAUACUGUUGCAGGCAAAGUCCAGUGUCAUAUUUCUUUUCUUUUGGUAGUAAGAGAAUAGUUGCUAAAUUCACAGAGAAAAAUUAAGCUGAGGGGGUGAUAUGAGUGUUCCUUCACAUCAAAAGACCAUGGUACUUUAACUCUGAGAACCUUGGCUCCACUAUAUCACUCAAAACUAGUUAAGGCUGCCUGUGACUUUCAAGGCACCACAGGAGCAAAUUACUAAGAAGCAAUUUUUGGAUGCCUAUUCCAUCCAAUGUGAUAACAUCUGAGUUGAGCCUUCGCUAAGCAGAAGGCUCAGUGUUUGUGUGCCCUUUCAGCCUCUCCAUAUUUCCAGAAAUAUUUUUAAUUGAGCUGAUGUAUUCUAAAUUGAUUUAAGAUAAGUAUCUGAUUAUGAUUAUGAAUCUGAUGUGUUGGGGAAAGGGGUGGGACUAACAUACUAAAAAGAAGCUUUUAAAAAUUAGCCAGGUUAUCUUAUAAGAUUGCAUUUGGGAAGGUUCUGGUGAUAUGUAAGGACUGGGCUCCUCAAGGUGUUCCUAACGGGAGGUUCCUAUCUGCAUAACUUUGGAUUAACUAGAUGCUUCAACAAUCCCAGGUGAGGGUGGGAGACGUGAAAUUUGUAGAUGACCCACCACUGCCAAAGCCCCAGCCAAGGUAAGAGUUGGGAGGGAGCAACUUUCUUCCCUUGAUUGCAGUGACUGAUUUGUCCAGUUAUUUUAACAGCUCCAGAAUGGUGUGACUGAGAGAACAUGGAUCCUUUUAUAGGAAAUAUGGAUUUUUGCAGCUUCUACCUUACCUGGGAAUAAGCUUAUUUGAGGGACUAGCACUAGAAGGGAAACACUUGGAACUUGUUGCAUUACACAUGUAUAAUGCUAUGAUUUCACUUUAUCUGCUGUGGUUCCUUGGUUCUGAGAGCUAACAUUGAGUAGUGGUUUGAGCAUUGGAUCAGGACUCUGCAGACCUGGGUUCAAAUCCUGGCUCAGCCCUGUAAACCCACUGGCUGACCUUGGACAAGUCACACUUUCUCAGCCUCAGAGGAUGGCAAUGGCAAACCCCCUUUGAAGAAAUUUGCCAAGAAAACCCCAUGAUAGUUUUCCUUAGGGUAGCCAUAGAUAAAAAAAAUGUCUUGAAGGCACACAAUAAAAACAGCCACAGUUCCAUCAUAUGAGAUCCUAUGAUUUGAAAUUUAAGGAGAGAGAUUUAGAAUUCUCAUUCAGAAAGGCCCAGUGCCUCAGCAAAUCACAAAUUCCAGGAUUCCAUAGGAUGUUGCAAUGCCAGUUAAAGUGGAAUCAUAGUGCUAUCAUUGGAUAAUAUGGUAGAGGUCCAGAAAAGCUAUGACCAGGGUCUUCUGGAGCCUUCAUUGGCAGAUGUCCCUCUCUGCUGACAGAGCUGCUUUCUGCUGGUAGAGGGAUUCUCCCCCUUAGUGGAUCUUAUAGUCUAGAUUGUUCUGUUGUAUUGCUAUGUUGCAAUAAGUCAAAAUUCCAACACAACUAGGACAGGUUUGGAAAUAGUUUCAUCAUGCUAUGUUCUAACUGUGUUCAUAUCUUUGGGGUGGGGUGGGAAAUCUGGUGAUCAGGCAAACAAGGGAUCCUGCAGUGAGUUUCAUGUUGCAUUAGUCAUUUUAUAUCAACACUAUGAAGGAAGGAUGCCGAUGACUACAAAAUUCAGAAAAUUGGAGAAUGCUUACAGUAUAAUAAAGUUUAUUUUUUAAUAUGUCACAGUAUUUUGAUCUAAAUUAUGAUGUUCAUAGUAUUGAAGGAAUGAUGUGAAAGAAAAAAAUUGCCUUCGUUCAUAACUUUAAGCCUGAAAGUGGUUUUAUCAGCCAUCUUCCUUUCUUCAUGUUAAUGCUGAGACCUAAUUGACUGAAACAGGUUAUAUGUCAUCUCUUGGAUUAUUACCUAUUUAGUCAAAGUCAUUUGAAAGAUUUGAUAACAGGCUUAACAUCAUAUGGUCAAUUCAUAUCAUGAGGAAGCAAAAUGUGGGAUUUGGAGAUAGUUGUGAAUAAGUCAUACAUGGUCCAAAUUUGGUUUCAAGGCUUUAUUUAACAUGUAAUUGGUUGUUGUGUAGGAAGGGGUAAAGAUUUUUCAGAUCUUCUGCAGAAACCAAGGAUAUUCUAUUGGUGUGGUGGAGAUGAAAAGAGAGGCACACUGCAUGUUUCAAAUAACGUCCUUUUUAAUGCUAUCUUGUUCCUCUACAGUGCUGGGUGAAUUAUUUCAUUUCAGAUAAAGCAUACCAUAAUCAUGCAUGGAAACACCCAUGUACAUACAUGGCAAAAAAAGAAGACCGGGAAUGGAGCAUAUCUUUUUUCCCCUUUGUGGAGUAAGGCUGUAAAUCUUCUGUUAUUUUGUCCUUGCAUGCAAAGAUACAUUACAUUACUGUAGUUUUCUUCCUGCUGUAGAAGAAAACCAAUUUAUCGCUGCAGUAUUCUUCCUAUAUUCAAGUGUACCAAAGUGUUCCAAGGGAGUUAUUCUGUGAAGUACACUUUCGUGUGCAAAAAAACAAACAAACAUAUUUUUUUUUGUACAAAAUGAUAUAUUUCCACAGAAUGAUUUCCAAGGAAUAUGUCAGGACAUUCCAAUACUAAAAGAAAACUGUGCAAAAUUCUUCCCAAUUACAUUUUCUAUCUGUCAGAGAACCUGUUUUACAACCAGAAAACAAGCAAUUGAGAAUAUUUAUUCCAUCCCUAUUGUUCAGCGGGUUAAAAGAAUCCUCAAACAGCAGAAAGAAAGUUAUUUCUUUUUCAGAAAAAUCCUUCCUCAUUCUUGUAUCACCUAAAGUGGAUUCCAGUCUCAAAUCUCUCUUCAUACCUCAGAUUACAGAAAAGAAACAGCAUUUUCACUUUUACUGCCAUGUUCUUUGUUUAGAAAGUAAAUGGAAAUGUAUGACAAAUGCUGUAAAGUGAAUGUCAGGUUUGCUUCUGUGGGGAUUAAAAUUCUUGUGUUUACAUAAAUGAGUUUAUGUUUUGACAGCUAUUCCAUUUGAGGUUCUUCCAACCUAAUGACUAUUUUUUAGAAGCUGUGAACAAUCAGCUGUUAGUCCUGAAUACGUUUAUAUUGACUCCAGUCACACUGCAUCUUUGCCAAUGGAGAAAUGGAGAUGUUAACACUUCCCCAAAUAUGCUGCAGUGCACAUGGUGCAUGUACUGCCCCUUUUGAUGCUUACGCACUCCUGUUGAAACAAGAAAUCAUUUGACGUGUUGAAAUAUUGUUAGAAAGAAAGGGUGCCAAUUUAGCAUGCUAGGGCAAGAAUUCAUUUGGGACCACAGAGAAGACACUUUCUCUUGUCUUCAUUAGCUACUGCUCCAUCAUGGUUGGAACACAGGGAAGGUUUACUGGAUGUUAGAAUGCAAGAAACAUAUCUUGAACUGAAGGCAUAAAAGGAUACCACAAGGUAUCCUGAAGUGAAGUCAUACAAGGCUUUACUACUUUGACUUGUCCCUUGAAACAAACAGGUAACUACACAGCCCUUGCAGGACAGGUGCAAUUCUUCCUUGUAAGUGAACACCCACCAGCAUUCUCACUACUGUAUUCUGAAACAAACUGCCAUUUCUGAAAACUUUUUAAAGUUAACCUAUAUGAGGUACAUUGCCAUAAUCCAAACUAGAUGUAAACUAAAGCACCUGUCCAUGAGUGGAUGCAGUUGCUACCUGAGAAUCCAGGUGGAAAGCCAGAGCCUAAAACCUCAUGCUUCAAGGGGAAGCAAACAUUUUUACAACAGAAAAGGAAAAGUUAAAUACAUUCAUCUGAUAUCCUAACUAAUGAAAAAGAAAACAGAGCUCCUUCUGGGUGCAGGCGUCUGUCUGAUUGCUUCUUGUAGUAAGGUAUACCAUAACUUCACGUUAAGCAGUGAGUGGAAGUAUGUCAUAGUGAUAGCAUUGUUCUGGUUAUCACAACCAGGAAAGUAUUUUGAGAUUCCCUCAUUAUGAGCAUGGUAGUUAUAGCCUGGCUUUGACGACUCCCUAACUUGGACUCCCCAGUAAUCUAAGCCAGUGUUUCCCAAACUUUGGUCUUCCAGAUGUUUUGGACUUCAUCUCCUAAAAUUCCUGAUUGUUGGUCAAACUGGCUGUGGCUUCUGGGAGAUGAAGUACAAAGCAUUUGGAGAAUCAAAGUUUGGGAAACAUUGAUCUAGACAAACACUCAGGUGGCUACUUGGGCAAAGGCACAACAUGAGUAUAAUCUAAUCAUGGUGUAUUUCAUGAGAAAGAGUUUUGUGUAACAGAUGGUCCUAGAGAGUAAGCAAAAAGUUACAUUAUUUGUGUUCUUGGAUUUAUAUCUGGCAAAACUGGAUUGGGCUAAACAGUCAAUCUAGAACAGCUCCUCCUCCCAAAUAAUAGAAAGAUCAAUGGUUUCAUGUAUAUACCACCUAAGGACAAAUAUGUUUCUGUAAUAAAAUCCAGUUUCUAAGCCUUCAUACAUCAAACUUGAAAUUGUUUUUUUUUUCCAAUUUUGAAUGAACAGACUUCUGUGUGAUCAGAAUAAAAUCAUGUUAAAAAUAAACCAGGGCUGUGAGAUGAGAUAACUUUCCAUCACGUAAAUGUGGGGGAGGAACCUAGUUUACACCACCCAGUUUCCAAACUGUACAUUCCCCCUCUCCAACAACAACAGCAGCAGCAACAAAAAAUCUCUGAAAGAAAUUAAAAUCAUGGUUCUGACUUGUAAGGGCAAAUUUGUGUUAAUGUUUCAAAAUGUCAUGAAAUGUUCUGUAUUGCUGGAGAUCUUCCCCCUCUUGCAUUUCUUUUUUCAUUUGUAUCACAGUUCUAAUAGCUGCCAUUUCCCCACUCCUGGGGCUUUCUGUAGAUCAGUGGAUGUUAGGUUUAAACCCUCUUUUCUUUGAUGAAGCUUUCAAUAAAAAAAAUAAAAA